CUUGGAGAAGCGUGUCUUAUGAUGCAGUUGCUUGACCAUUAGAGUUGCAGUGUGACCUAUUUGGGGACAGGUCUUCAAAGCUUCACAAUCUUUGCAGUCGGCAAGGCUGGAAACAAGUUGAGCGGCGAAUACGGUCAACAUGAUAUAUGUACUAGCUAUGUAUGGUUUUCAAGUUGGCUGUAAAUGUUGUAAGACGCGACGCGACGGUAACUGCAAUUCGCGCUUACGUCAUGCCAUCGCGUCAAGCUUGCAAUUGAAAUUCACCUCCCAGAUCCUCAAUCCAAAAUGUCGAUUCUUAGAUUCAGAACGUCCAGGCCAGCGUUGCCGCAGGUCGCGAUUGCGGCAGUGACAAGAGCAUGUAUCCUCGCAUCUUCUGUAUUCAAUAAACUCGUCAAGAACGAGACAUUGACCAAAGAUGACAAGAGUCCUGUAACUGUGGCUGAUUAUUCUGCUCAGGCAGUAAUCAAUACGAUAUUGAGUCGCACCUACAAUGAUGACCUGAUAGUGGGAGAAGAGGAUGCUGGUGAUCUGCGAGCAACUUCCGCUUCUCCGUUACGGAACCGAAUUGUGGAUCUUGCUAAUGAGGCUCUGACGGCGGAGCUGCGACCAGGCGAACGAGCAGACUGGGGUGUUGGACCCGGUUCUGCUCUUACUGCCGACCAACUUUUGAGUGCAAUUGACCGAGGAAAUUAUGCUGGCGGUCGAACUGGAAGGAUGUGGACAUUGGACCCUAUUGACGGCACAAAAGGCUUCCUACGAGGCGAGCAAUAUGCAGUUUGCCUUGCUUUAAUCAUCAAUGCACGCGUCGAACUCGGUGUCAUCGGGUGUCCAAACCUUCCUGUCUCAGCAGCUGACCCCUCCGGUCCUCGUGGAUGUAUAUUCGUCGCCGUACGCGGCCAGGGGGCAGCCCAAGUUCCACUCACUGACCCGUUCACCUCCACACCGACGCCAAUCUCGAUACCUACAUUCACUCAAGAAAAUUUGAACCUGCUCGAAUCAGUCGAGAAGGCUCAUGCGAAACUGUCGUUCAAUGAGCGUGUCGCUCAGAUACUGGGUAUCACGAGACCGCCGACUCGAAUGGAUAGUCAGGCGAAAUAUUGUUCAUUAGCAAGGGGGGAUGGGGCUGUCUAUCUUCGUAUGCCGACGGGCGUCGGGUACAAGGAGAAGAUUUGGGACCAUGCUCCUGGGUCGCUCUUAGUUGAAGAAGCCGGCGGAAUCGUGUCAGACUCUCGUGGGGAACCUCUGGACUUUGGUUUAGGUCGGACAUUGGGAGAGAACUUUGGUGUGAUCGCAGCAGGCAAGGACAUUCAUUCCAAAGUCCUGGAUGCAGUCAAACGCGUGAAAGAAGAGGAAGCAAAAGGCCAGUCGAUGUUCAAGUGAUACCCAGGAGAGGGGAAGCCGAUCUAUUGACGCAGUUUGUCGCUUGUGACAUUGCACAACAUGAGCUUCGGCGGUACAUCGUCUGUAGACACUGUUUGUAGCGACAUCCAGCCUAUUGGCAUGACUCAACUUGUAACAGUUCUGGGGCUUGAUUUGUUCAGGCAGAGAUGUAUCAUUUCGUAGAACCUUACAACUGAAGUGUAUGACGGAUGGAAUGGAAAUAUCGAUGUGAGCAAAAGACAUGUAGCUUGAAGGCAGCUGUUAAUGUCAUUGUCUGGCGUCGUAACCGCAUCCAAACCAUGUUUCAAAAUUAGCAGAGUUCAAACUUU